UGGCGGGAAACACCAGUUUAGAUCAGCUGUCCGUACAGUUAUAGAAUGUCCUACAGUAUGUUUACAUCGCAAAAGAAUAACAGUGAUUACGCAAAUUGUUUGACUGACAAUACUGAGAUUGAUUUCAUCGAGCAUCGAUCGAAAUGGAACCGAUUUGCACAAGCAGAUUUUACGGCAGCAAGGUACAAAAACGAUCACCAUCCCGGUCCAAGAUUUGUUGGGUAAAAACGUACCAAGUCAUGCCAUCGCACAUAUUGGGCCCGACCCAAUACUGGCAGGAAUUUCAUAAACAGGCUGACGCUCUAGCCGUGGCUGCUGAACGCAACACAAAAACGGAUGCGUUAUGCACCUUCGUGUAUCAACGACCUAGCGACGGUAGUCGCAGAUUCGUCGUAGCGCAUCCAGAAGUCUAUUGGUGGUAUUACAAAAUUAAACCGCAAGAAGAGAGAUGCUCAUACGAGAUAAUACCAAAAGAUUCACCAUGUUGGUUAUAUCUGGACUUGGAAUAUCCAGUCGAACUAAAUCCACUUUGCAAUGGACCACGCAUGACCAAAACGCUGAUAGAUAUCAUACGAGCGUAUUUGCUCAAUCACUAUCACCUGUUAUGCGAUAGAAGUAACUUUUUAAUACUAGAUUCUACAACUAGUAAGAAAUUUAGCAGACACGUGAUUUUUACUAUGAAGGAUAUGGCUUUUAAAGACAACUCGCAUAUUGGAAAGUUCAUCAAAACUAUAUACAAUGAUAUUUUACUUUAUUUGAAAUCAGAUACGCUAUCGCAUGGAAUUUUAAAUCACUUUAACAAAGCCGAUAUUGAGGAAAUGCUUGUGAAAACACAACACGGUGAAAAAUUGUUUAUUGAUAAUGGUGUCUAUACGAAGAAUAGACAUUUUCGAAUAUACCUGUCCACUAAAUGGGGAAAACAAUCGUAUCUAACAGUUUCUACAGAUUGCAUGCAUAAUGCAGUGAAUAAGCGCAGAGAGAAGGAGUUGGGGAUCUUUUUGGAUUCCUUGAUAUCGUACUUUCCAAACAAGCAGAAUUUAAUUUUGCUCGAGUUUUUUAAUCGAAGCGACGUAAAAGCUAAACUUUAUUCAAAUGUACCAAUACGAUCCAUUCGUGAAAAUGACGACCAGAGCUCACCAUAUCCUGAAAUAGAUAGGUACAUUCGUAGUCUCAUCAAUCCUGGCAAGAUACGUAUUGUUAAAUAUUUUGAUAAAACUAAAACGCUGAGAUAUGAAAUUUAUGGCAACAGAUACUGUGAAAACAUUGGUAGAUAUCAUAAGAGCAACAACGUAUAUUGGAUUGUAGAUUUAAACACGAAAAAGGUAUAUCAGAAAUGUCACGAUGAAGAUUGCUCGGGGUUUUUAUCUACACCAAAGAAUUUACCAGAAGAAAUUCUUUUUAAGUUAGACAUAGAAGGUGAUACUUUUAUGACUGAUGUAGUAAUAGAUGAAAAUAUUAUAGAGAAGAUAUAAAAAUUAUUAAGUAUAUGCUUUUAUAAACACAAAUGUAGAAUAUGUGCAAAAAUAUAUGGUAAAUGUUAAGAAAAGGGGAGCCACCUUUGAUGACCUUGACCACGACAUAUGUUGUCAAGGUCGUGACCCUGAGUAACCUCU